CAGCGAGAGCGCGUCUAGGAGCAGCCCGGGCUCCGCCGCUCCCCCCUGCUCCCGCUGCUGCUCCUGCCCCGCGGCCCCGCGGGCAGCGCCCCCGCCGCGCCGCCUCCAGCUCCCGCCUUGCACGGAACAAAUUAUGACAUCAACAUCCAAAGGCAUUUUUCGGCCAUUUUUAAUUAUUUUCAUUGUGCUGGGUUGUUUCAUGGCAUUUUUACUUAUUUACAUCAAACCAACAAACAGCUGGAUCUCUGGUCCCAUAGAAUCAGCCAGCUCAGUUCUGAAAAUGAAGAGCUUCUUUUCUACCAAAAGCAAUUAUUUUAAUGAAACAACAAUACUGAUCUGGGUUUGGCCAUUUGGACAGACAUUUGAUCUUGCAUCUUGUCAAACAAUGUUCAACAUCCAAGGGUGCCAUCUAACUAUUGACCGCUCACUAUAUAACCGAUCUCAUGCCGUCCUUAUUCACCACAGAGACAUCAGCUGGGAUCUCACUAAUUUACCUCAGCAAGCUAGGCCGCCAUUCCAGAAAUGGAUUUGGAUGAACUUGGAGUCUCCAACUCACACUCCACAAAAGAGUGGCAUUGAACACCUGUUCAACCUGACCCUGACUUAUCGGCGUGAUUCAGAUAUUCAAGUGCCUUAUGGCUUCAUGAAGGUUAGCACAAGCCCAUUUGCAUUUGAAGUGCCAAGCAAAGAGAAGUUGGUAUGUUGGGUUGUAAGUAACUGGAACCCCGAGCAUGCUCGAGUCAAGUAUUAUAAUGAGCUAAGCAAAUAUACUGAAAUCCAUACCUAUGGGCAAGCAUUUGGAGACUAUGUGAAUGAUAAAAACUUGAUUCCAACUAUCUCCACUUGUAAAUUUUACCUGUCCUUUGAAAACUCAAUCCACAAAGAUUACAUUACUGAAAAACUUUACAAUGCUUUUCUGGCUGGAUCUGUACCAGUUGUAUUGGGCCCAUCCAGAGAAAACUAUGAGAAUUAUAUUCCAGCAGAUUCUUUCAUUCAUGUGGAAGAUUUCCUCUCCCCAAGAGAGCUAGCAGAAUAUCUUCUAAUGCUUGACAAAAAUAAUAAGCUGUAUCUUAGCUACUUUAACUGGAGGAAAGACUUCUCAGUGCAUCUUCCUCGGUUCUGGGAAUCACAUGCAUGCCUUGCUUGUGACCAUGUAAAGAGACAUCAGGAGUACAAGUCCAUUGGGAAUUUAGAAAAAUGGUUUUGGAAUUGAACUUUUUACCUUUUUGUGCAUUUUUUCAAAGAAACUGACAUAAUCUGUAGCCUAAGUGGAGGUGGGAAGGAAAAAAAAAAUCUGUGUUUUAUGUCAGUUUUUAUCAGCUGUCCCCUCUUGGGGUAUCUUAUUUAUGUUUGUCAGAGAUUUUAAAAGCUCAGCAUCAGCAGUCAUCAAUACUCAGUUUUAAAUUAUACUGUAUAUAGCUAAUUAUGUGCACUGAAGAAUAAUUUAUUGUUUAUUUUAGUUUUUAUUCAAGGGUUUUUUCACGUUUUCAGUCGAUUAUCUGUCCCAGUCUUACACAAGAUGUAGUGAUUUUUAACAUUGUGUUUUUUACUUUAGAUGAGCUAUUUAACAUGUGUGGAAAAUGAAGACAUCUUAAGAUAUCAUAGAGAAUUUUAAUGAAAUUGGUUUAGUUUGAAAUGGUUACUUUGAAAUUUGUGUAACAUUUCAAAAGACAAUAAUGUUUGUCAUGGUUUAAUUUCUGCUCUCUUAAAUUCUAAGAACACUCUAGAAUUGAAUACACUGCAUUACUUUAAGUGGUUCCUGUUUAUAGGGUAUAUGGAUUCAGAAAAAAUGUAUUAUAAAUAAGCUUUAAAAAGUUAUCACAAUAUAAGAGAGCCUUUGGGCUUUAAACAGGAAAAAGGUAUUCCCCUUACAGUUAGUUCCAUUACGAUACCUUGGAAAUAUAUGGAUUUGCUCUCAUCUCCAUAAGAUAGAGUACUGAGGAAUUGAGAAAAUUAAGCUCCCAAGUUAGUGUUUGAAGCCCCGAUUUGGUAAAGCAUUUAAGCACAUGCUUAAACUUAAGCAUGUGCUUUUUUGAAUCAGGGUCACAGGUUAUGUUACUUUAAAUACAGUUGAAUAAAUUGCAAUAUACUCAUUUGAUCACACUCAUCUUUAUAACUAGAUGCUCAGCUCUUUUUCUUCUUUUUUAACACUUCUCUAUUCGGGGUCAGCGAUGCUUAUAGCCUUCUUCCAAAACUCAUGGUUGUACGCCAAGCUAUCAUGCAGAUUGGUCACUCUGAGCUCUGCUGAUAUCCGGUCUGUGUACCAAAUCUUUGGUUGUCUUCCAUCCACAAUCACUGCAAGAGACAUCCUACUGAUACAGCUGUACAGGCUCCACUGGAUAUGCCUAUUAUUCAAAAAAAAAUUGGAAGAUUUUGCAAUUUUUAUAUAUUCUGAUUAUUUGCAAAUUAUUCACCCAACUCUAUAAAAGUCUGUUCCAACUUUAAUUGAACUUUAAUCACAGCUGGAUAGCAUCCUGAAGUGGGUGAAUAAUGUGAAGAAAUAUUGAUUGAAUAUUUUAUUAGAAAAAAAUUGUGAAACUAAUUACAUACAUUAGAUUAUUAUUCAACCUGCUCUAGUUCGAACAAAGGCUCAGUUUGUUUUUAGGGGUUUUUCUUGCUGUUUUGAAAGUACGUAAUAUGAAAGGUAUUUUUAAAAAGUACCCAUCAGAACAAUGGAUAUUAUCAAGAUUUCAAUAUAAAUAUGUUCAUAGUAUUAUGUGUGCUAUCAUAGCAAAUUCUGAAAUGCAGUUUUGUCAUUAUUGUUUUUAAUAUGUCUAUUAAUAUGUGCAUUAUUUGGAUUCAUUAUCCACUAACCUCGGCAACUAGGAUUAAAACUCCCAAUACUAUAGAUAAUCAUAGAUCUGGUGGUUUAAUAAUGUAGAUGUAUUUUGUACUAAGAUAAAGCCACUGUACAUAGUUCUUGAUGGCAACAUGUACUUAUCACCCACAGCUCCCACUGACUUGUAGACAGCUCUUAGACUCAAGCCCCUUUAUUUUGGUAUGAUCUCAGUCAGGUUUGACUAUGUACAUCUGAAUAUACUAACUGUAUAAGAUAUACUGUAGUAUAAGAACCUGAAAAGAAAUAAUUGUUGAAGGAGAACUUUAAGGGAACAUACUCAAGGCCCAGAUUCUGAACUGGUGUAGAUCAGCACAGUUCCAUUGACAGCUACUGGUUAUGGAUCUGGUCCAAACUUAACAUCCUUAAAUGAAAGUAAAUCAGAGGCAGAAAGUUUGGACUAUGCCUAAACAGAAUGGCAGCAUCCCUCUAGAUUUAGUUUAAUCUAAAAAGUAGUCAGCAGCUGAAAUAAAGCAUGAAGAAAGAACCCAAAAAUUUAGAAAAAGGAAGAAAAUAUAAAAACUUACAUCAGGAAAAAGUACAGCUUGAAUAAUAUUUAAGGCCCUGAUCCCGCAAAGCACUUAAGGGCGUACUUAAUUUUAAGCAUGGGUGUAAGUGCUUUGCUGGAGUGGGGCCUAUGUCAGCAGUUGAUUUUUAUGGUAAACAUUGGGUGAAUGAUAUGUUAAUUUCUGUGUUACCUCCUUGUAAUCGAAGAUGGAACACAAAUGCUCAAUGGUGUAAAAGAACUGUAAACUUAAGAACAUAACAUGGAACACUGAAUGAAAAGGUUAUAGAACUAUGAACUAGACUUGAUCUUUUACCCAAGAGUUCAAAAGUUGCUUUCAUGAUUCAAAUAUUUAAUUAUGCCCAUUUAUUGCUAAGUCUUAAAAGGUUUACUUAUAGCAUACUGUGAAUCUCCUAAAUUCACCAGUACUGCAGUAUGAAAUAUAAAGGGACAGCUCAUGUUGUGCAUUAAUCUGAUAGAAUGAAAUCCAGUCCUCAAAGAAAGUUACUAUCUAAAAAGAGAACUCACCCACGUGUAAAAUAUAUGGGUGGUAUUUCUAUAGUGAACAAAUUACUAUUACAAGGUAAAAACCAGGACACUUUUUCAUCUUUUUUUUUUCUUCAGGAGGCAAGUACAUUCACAGCAUUUUAAUGUGCCACACCGUUUUGAAAUAAUCUGUGACCAGAUCCAGCUGAUUCUGAAGUUUGAGAGUCUUUGUAUUGACUGGUUCAAUGCCUUGGUGAACUGUAUAUACUCUUUUAUUUCUUUUCAGCUAAUUGAAGUUGUCUUACAUGUUAAAAGCCCUUAUAUCAAGUCAAAACUAGUCCCCUGGCUUCAGGACUCAGCUGAUGUACUUGUCAUAUUAACAACAAGAAGCCAUAAUGAUGAGACAAGAAGGUGUAUGUUUUGUUGCUACAGAAACCAUAGGAUACCAAUCUAGCAAGGCACAUAAGAACAUGCUUAACUUUAAGCCCAUGAGUAGUGCCAUCAGUCAGAGUUGGAUCAGGCUCAGUGGGACUAUUCUAGUGUUUAAAGUAAUGAAUAUGUUGAAGUGCUUUGCUGGAUCAGGGCCUAAGUUUGUAUCUUUUGUGUAUUUUCACACAAUCCUUCACGUUCAGAUUAGGUCUCUCACGGUGUCUUGAGUGUUAGUGAGAAAAUCAGAGAGAAACCUAACAAAGAGCUAAAUGAGCCAAAAAAUAUACACAAGUCUUUAAAAAGUGACGCUAUCCUAAUACAUUGCCAGCUCUGCUGAAAGGUGAGGCUGGGACAUAGAUAAGCCAGGCACUCCAUAAAUAACCCAACAAGGACAAUACAGCCCCUCCUUUAAAUCAUGAGGAAAUAAGUCACCACUUAACUCCAAGGAGAUGGCUUCAGGCAAGGGGCUUGAGGCCUUUUGAGCAAACAGGAGGGAGGGUUUCAGGCUAGGCCACACCAGCCCAAGUCUCCUCUGUAGUUUGACAAAUACUUGAGAGCUUAAUAUUUUUACAGAACUCUUGUGCUCGGUGAGUCUGACCUGAUCAGUAUGCUCUAAAAUUGGCUUAAGGUUUCUAUUACAUUGCAGACUGUAAACUCUUUGGGGCAGGGACUGUCUAUAUCUGUGUAUUGUACACUGCUGUGUACGUGAUUGCCUUUUAACAAAUAGUUGGUCGGAUUUCACAAUUACAACCAUAGAGCUUGUUAACAUUCCUUUCUGAUUACCUAAUAUCUUGCCAUUUUACCUCAGGCAAAGUACCCACUGAUGUUAAUGAGUAUUCCGCUGACAAAGAUCUCAGAAUCAGGCACAAUUACUUUUUUGUUUGCUGGCAGUAGUAUUCUUGCUAUGUCCAUUAAAUAUAAUUGCACAUAUAGGUGUACACAGUUUGGUUUUAUUGUUUUAAAUAAGAUCUUGCCACAAUGCAUGUGGUGGCUCUGAGCCUUGAUCACCAGGGGUGCUGCAUUAAUUUGUUUAGUUCUUUCCCUUUGUGUUCAUUCUUGGAGGGGAAACAUGAAGAAAAUUGAUGAAUUGGGCUCUUUUCUAUUUCUUCUGAAUGUACACUGUCAAGAAUUCUCAUGUGGAGGAGAUUUCUUUUGGUCACUUAUUUUUCAAGGGACUGGCUAACCAGGUUAUUUUAAAAAAGCAAAUGGUUUUUUUUUCUCUUAUUGAAUUACUCCUGUCAGAAACACUCCAUCCUUCGUGGAGAUUUAUAGAAUUCUCUGCCUGCUAAGUCACCAUACCAAAGGGCUAGAGUUAGUCUGGCAGGACAUGGUAGGAUGUGUGGCCAUACACCAAAAAUAUUUAAUAAUGUAUGUUUUCUUUUAAUUAACAAUAACAACAAAUUUGCUUUACCCUUUUCUGGAUCUUUUUCUUUUUCUUUCCUUUUUUCCUUGUUGCUGAGUUUUCUUUCUUCCACAAAAGAUGAAAAUCCAGCUUCAAAUCAGGUUUACCACUUUGUAAAAACCGGUCAACAAAUUAAAAUAAGCUAAGGAGCACACUUGUGCUGCUAGUACAUCUGUUAUAACCAUUGUCAUAUUCAAUCCCACUGGCGCUGCUUGACAUGUCAGCUUUAAUAGAAGAGUCUAACGGUUCAAUCAUAGUGUGAUCGAAGUUAUCGAGAAUUCUUUCAUCGACUUCUAAGAGGUUGGGAUUAGAAAUAUUUCUUCCUAAUAUCAUGCCUGGUGACAGCCAAUUCCAUUCGGAUGGAAAAAUGCAGAUGCAGCAGGUGUAAUUGUUGGUGCCUCUCCUUUCAGACAAUGACAGCUUUUUUGGGAUGGUGGAUCUUGACUUUUGGAAGUGAAAGUUUUUUUCUUUAGAUGCAAACUUGAUUACUCUAAAGAAUUGCUUCCAAGAAAUCAGUCAAUUAAUGCUAUAAUUAGUGCUUUCCACAGAACAGUGCUGUUCUCAGGAAAAAAUUCCCUAAUGGCAGACAGAGAUGUCCCUAGGAACCCUGGGCAGCAUGGGGCCGGCAGCCCGGAGCCCCUGGACUUCCAAGAGCUAAGCAGAUCAAAGCAAGCAUAUCUAUCACACUGAGGAGAUUUAAUCUUCAAGACUCCUUAUAAGAAAUGGAAAGGGAGGUGGAUAUUUUUUGCUGUUUUUAAAAUUAAAUAGACAGCUAGUAUUGUUUUUUAAAUUAUUAUGAAGAACAAGUUUAAGCUUUGUUGUAACAUGUGUUGUUUGCCUGGACUGUUCAGACCUAAAUGCUUGUGUAGGAGGAACUCUGAGUUGGCUUCUUAGAUACCUUCCUGCUGUUUCACAUCUGAUACUCCUUGAUGAAACAUAGGAGCCUUGUCUUCUAACAGGCUUAUUCAAAGUGGUACAAGCUACGAAAGUGAGAUCCUGGAAGAGUGUUGCCAUUUUCAUAAUGUAAUAAAAUACUGUAAUGAUAAAUAAUAAUUAAUAAUAAAUAGGGUAUAAUAAGCAUAUCAUAAAAACAAACUAUAUUUCCAGGAUCACUGCUUUUAUAAUUUAUACUCAGGUAAAGGAGAAAAUCCCUGGAAAUAUUCAUUUUUAGGAGGGGGUUUGUGAGAUUUGACAUUUUAGUGAAAGGGGUUCACAGGUUGUUAAAGUUUGGGAACCACUGCUUUAGAGGAUUUGGUGGAAGAAGAGAAGUGAAAAAUGACUGGCCAGAUAACUCUCCACAUUUUUAUCAAUGAUUUUAAUUCAAGCAUUCAGGCAUCUUUUAUCUUCCAGUCAUCCAUAACCUGGGUGCAUGCUUAAUAGUUUCCAGUUACGCCAACAGUCAUUUAUUUUCUGUGCACUGAAAAUACAUUUUUCAGUGUACCAGCUUAAAAGAGAGAGAGGACGCAAAACAUGUGCUUUUCAUACAAUGUUAUAUAGUAUAAGCACAUCCUUUACAUUGCUUCAUUUUCAAGCCAUACCCCUGCACGCCUUACUCAUUCAUUACAAGGCUGUCUUUUGGACAUUUUUAGGCUUCCUAUCUUACCAUGAGCUAUCAACGUUCUCCCCUUCAUCAAUGUGGAAAACAUUACAUAGUGGGAUGCUUUAUCAGUGCAGUCAGUGCAGUCACUAGAUCCUUCUUAAAAAGCAGUUUUUCUUUCAUUUCCCAGUCACUACAGCUCAUAUGCCAUAAGGCAUCCGCAUUCCUAAGAAACCCAGGGUUGCCAGUUCUUUGAAUGCCCUUUUCUUGUCAUCCGGAGAGGAUCACAGUCACAAUGAACAAGCAGCUUGGCUGAGGUACAUUAAAUUUAAGCACGAUAUUGCCAGGGACAAUUUUUUUUUUUUAAAGAACAAAUGAGACAUAAGAACAUAAAAACGGCCGUACUGGGUCAGACCAAAGGUCCAUCCAGUCCAGUAUCCUGUCUACCGACAGUGGCCAAUGCCAGGUGUCCCAGAGGGAGUGAACCUAACAAGUAAUGAUCAAGUGAUCUCUUUCCUGCCAUCCAUCUCCACCCUCUGACAAACAGAGGCUAGGGACACCGUUCCUUACCCAUCCUGGCUAAUAGCCAUUAAUGGACUUAACCUCCAUGAAUUUAUCCAGUUCUCUUUUAAACCCUGUUAUAGUCCUAGCCUUCACAACCUCCUCAGGCAAGGAGUUCCACAGGUUGACUGUGUGCUGAGUGAAGAAGAACUUUUUAUUUGUUUUAAACCUGCUACCCAUUAAUUUCAUUUGGUGGCCCCUGGUUCUUAUAUUAUGGGAACAAGUAAAUAACUUUUCCUUAUUCACUUUGUCCGCACCACUCUUGAUUUUAUAUACCUCUAUCAUAUCCCCCCUUAGUCUCUUCUUUUCCAAGCUGAAAAGUCCUAGCCUCUUUAAGCUCUCCUCAUAUGGGACCCGUUCCAAACCCCUAAUCAUUUUAGUUGCCCUUUUCUGAACCUUUUCUAAUGCCAGUAUAUCUUUUUUGAGAUGAGGAGACCACAUCUGUAUGCAGUAUUCAAGAUGUGGGCAUACCAUGGAUUUAUAUAAGGGCAAUAAGAUAUUCUCUGUCUUAUUCUCUAUCCCUUUUUUAAUGAUUCCUGACAUCCCAUUUGCUUUUUUGACUGCCGCUGCACACGGUGUGGACAUCUUCAGAGAACUAUCCACAAUGACUCCAAUUUCCAAUUUCUUCAUAAAUUUCUCCUGAUUAGUUGUAGCUAAAUUAGCCCCUAUCAUAUUGUAUGUAGAGUUGGGGUUAUUUUUUCCAGUGUGCAUUACUUUACAUUUAUCCACAUUAAAUUUCAUUUGCCAUUUUGUUGCCCAAUCACUUAGUUUUGUGAAAUCUUUUUGAAGUUCUUCAUAGUCUGCUUUGGUCUUAACUAUCUUGAGCAGUUUAGUAUCAUCUGCAAACUUUGCUACAUCAUUGUUUACCCCUUUCUCCAGAUCAUUUAUGAAUAAGUUGAAUAGGAUUGGUCCUAGGACUGACUCUUGGGGAAUACCACUAGUUACCCCUCUCCAUUCUGAAAAUGUACUAUUUAUUCCUACUCUUUGUUCCCUGUCUUUUAACCAGUUCUCAAUGCAUGAAAGGAUCUUCCCUCUUAUCCCAUGACAACUUAAUUUACGUAUGAGCCUUUGGUGCGGGACCUUGUCAAAGGCUUUCUGGAAAUCUACACUAUGUCCACUGGAUCCCCCUUGUUGACCCCCUCAAAGAACUCUAAUAGAUUAGUAAGACAUGAUCUCCCUUUACAGAAACCGUGUUGACUUUUGCGGAACAAUUUAUGUUCUUCUAUGUGUCUGACAAUUUUAUUCUUUACUAUUGUUUCAACUAAUUUGCCCGGUACUGACGUUAGACUUACCCGUCUGUAAAUUGCCAGGAUCACCUCUAGGAGCCCUUCUUAAAUAUUGGUGUUACAUUAGCUAUCUUCCAGCCAUUGGGUACAGUAGCUGAUUUAAAGGACAGGUUAUAAACCAUAGUUAAUAGUUCCGCAAUUUCACAUUUGAGUUCUUGCAGAACUCUUGGGUGAAUGCCAUCUGGUCCCGGUGACUUGUUAUUGUUAAGUUUCUCAAUUAAUUCGAAAACCUCCUCUAGUAACACUUCAAUCUGUGACAAUUCCUCAGAUUUGUUACCUACAAAAGACGGCUCAGGUUUGGGAAUCUCCCUAACAUCCUCAGCUGUGAAGACUGAAGCAAAGAAUUCAUUUAGUUUCUCUGCGAUGAUUUUAUCGUCUUUAAGUGCUCCUUUUGUAUCUCGAUCGUCCAGGGGCCCCACUGGUUGUUUAGCAGGCUUCCUGCUUCUGAUGCACUUAAAAAACAUUUUGUUAUUACCUUUUGAGUUUUUGGCUAGCUGUUUUUCAAACUCCUUUUGGACUUUUCUUAUUACAUUUUUACAUUUAAUUUGGCAGUGUUUAUGCUCCUUUCUAUUUACCUCACUAGGAUUUGACUUCCACUUUUUAAAAGAUGCCUUUUUAUCUCUCAGUUCUUCUUUUACAUGGUUAAGCCACGGUGGCUCUUUUUUAGUUCUUUUAGUGUAUUUUUUAAUUUGGGGUAUACAUUUAAGUUGAGCCUCUGUUAUGGUGUCUUUGAAAAGUGUCCAUGCAGCUUGCAGAGAUUUCACUCUAGUCAUUGUACCUUUUAAUUUCUGUUUAACUAACCUCCUCAUUUUUGCAUAGUUCUCCUUUCUGAAAUUAAAUGCCACAGUGUUGGGCUGUUGAGGUGUUCUUCCCACCGCAGGAAUCUUAAAUGUUAUUAUAUUAUGGUCACUCUUUCCAAGCAGUCCUGUUAUUGUUAGCUCUUGGACCAGAUCCUGUGCUCUACUCAAGACUAGAUCGAGAGUUGCCUCUCCCCUUGUGGGUUCCUGUGCCAGCUGCUCCAAGAAGCAAUCAUUUAAAGUAUCGAGAAAUUUUGUCUCUGCAUUUUGUCCUGAGGCGACGUACUGUGAGUACUGUUUCAGAGGAACAGCCGUGUUAGUCUGUAUUCGCAAAAAGAAAAGGAGUACUUGUGGCACCUUAGAGACUAACCAAUUUAU